UCCUAUUAAACUACGAAUUGUUCAACAUUUGUUAGUAUGUUAAAUUACAGUGAUAUUAACUCAAUUCAUAGGUAAGUAUAAUGUAUAUAUUUAAUUUAUUUUCAGUUUGUCUUUUAAUACCAUACCCAUCUAAGCAGCACUUUGUUUGGCCAUUACAUUGGUGUUUGCUAGCUGACAUUUGUAAUCAUACUUGGAUCCCAGAGUGCGGAGCUGAAGAUGAGAUACCAACUAACAGGAAAUUGUUCAUAGAUGAAUGCGAUAUGUACGAAUACAACUGUGACUAUGAGAGAGAUUUUGAACCUAUAAACUAUUCGGAUUGCUUCAAUUUACCAAUAAAAGAGUGUCCCGUUGUCCAACCAUGUCCAUCGAUACCCCCGUGUCCUGAUCACAGGUUGCAUAAGAAAGGAAAUAAGUACAAAUUCGUUAAAACUCCCCCGAAGGAUUCUUUAAGACGGAGGGGUUUUAAAAGAACUACGCUUACGUCAUUACCAAGACAUAUGCUUAGAGGAAGGCGGCGGUAUACACCAUGGCAUACUCGAAAUAUUAGAAGAAGCGUAUCGAGAACAAGGGCUACAUUUACAACAGUUGUUUUAAAAAGAGAAGAGGUAAUCAAGAAUGGAAAACGAAUGAUGAAAGUAAUAAAGAAAAUAUUUAGAACCGUUACGAAAAAGAAGGUUACGGACGAUCAGGAUUUUCUUGAAUAAAUGUUUAUUUUCUAUUCUUACAGUAACAUAUUACAAAAUGUAACUAGCAUAUAAAUAAGAAUACAAAACAAAUUUUAAAUAAUGCGAUCCUUGUAAAUUCAGAAAGUGUGCAAUUAAAUAGCUAAUCACACAUGAGCAUUGAGGGAUACUCAUAAAUGGUGCCUCCCUAAGUUAAUUUGUACGUGCUUACGGCCCUGCAAUUGCGAUCGUUUACCAGGACGAGUGUGAUUAUUUGGUACUCACAGCCCCAGUCUCUUCAACACUUCCACAUUAUAUGCCCUACCUCUAAGGACCUCAAUAAGAUUAGGCUGGAUAGCAAGAUCACUCUUACUGGUUGUAUCCACACUUGAAACAAAGUUGGGUAUAUACGUAGUAUAGCGGUUAAUUUAGCCUCAUGUAAUUAUUCAUAAUAAAUUAAUUUUAGAUUUGCUCCACCAUCAAAGAUAUUACUUUUCUUUAUAGAAAGGGAAUAUAUUUUAUUUUUCCAGCAAGUUUA